UCAUCAACAAAGAAUCAUACCUAAAAAGAAAAGUAUUCACUCUCUACCUUCAUAUCAAUUAGGGAGAAUCAAAAAUGAAGCCAAUCUCCAACAACAACGAAAUAUGGGAGGCGAAGCUGGAGGAUUUAACGUUCAACGUGAAGGAGACACAAGACAAUGUCUUGGAGGAGAUAAUCACACGUAACCUAGAAACAGAGUACCUCCAGCGUUUUCACAUGGAUAGGUUUGAUAAAGAGCUCUUCAAGAAGAACGUACCGGUCGUGACCUAUGAAGAUAUUAAGCCUUAUAUCGAUCGUGUGGUUAGCGGACAGUCAUCAGAUGUCAUAUCAGCCCGCCCUAUUACCGGUUUCUUGCUAAGUAAGUUCGGGAACUUCGGGAGGAGCACAAAAGAUGAUGCCAUGGAACAACAAGUACUUGGACAAUUUAACAUUCACAUACGAUCUUCGUAUGCAUACUAUAACCAAGAAAUCAAAUACUAUUUUUAUAUUUAAAAUUGGUGUUUUGAAUUUUU